UACUGUGUGUCCCUAAAUACGUGCACCGGAAAGGAUGGCGGUGGGAGACGUGUAACAGGCAUUUAAUUUCCCCCCUCUGAUUUUCUCCAUUUGGUUUUUCCUUCCCAGGCUGUUCCAAUGGGAGACUCUCGCUGCCGCCUCCUGCAGCUCCUCCUCCCGGCCGGGCCAAUGACUCGCGGGGGGCGGAGACUACUGCUGGGCCUGCAGAGACUGCCCGCCCGGCUCGCCCGAGCUCGCCCGCUGCUCGCCAGCCCCCGGGAGGGUGGAGAGAAUUCGAACGCUUCCGCGGUUGGCUACUUAAUGUCCUAGUCUCAAGUUGCCUAACCUUGCGGCUGGCGUUCCUAAUACAGACACGUCGUUUACGUCGUUUACUUUUUAAUACUCCCAAAGAAACAAUCGCUGUCAAGCUGGCGGAAGCAAUGGUUCACAUAAAGAAAGGCGAGCUGACCCAGGAGGAAAAGGAUCUGCUGGAAGUCAUCGGAAAAGUUGAACGAAGCUCAUAAACAAAGUUUAUAUUCGUACUCAUAAGAAGCAAUUUUCUUGAAAGGAGGUACUGUCCAAGAAGCUGGAACAUUGUUAGCCAGCAAGAAUGUUCAUGUCAACUGCUUGGAUGAGAAUGGAAUGACUCCUCUAAUGCAUGCUGCAUAUAAAGGAAAACUUGAUAUGUGCAAAUUACUUUUACGACAUGGAGCUGAUGUAAAUUGUCAUCAACAUGAACAUGGAUACACAGCCCUCAUGUUUGCUGCACUUUCUGGUAAUAAAGACAUCACGUGGGUAAUGUUGGAAGCUGGUGCCGAGACAGAUGUUGUCAACUCUGUAGGAAGAACAGCAGCUCAGAUGGCAGCCUUUGUGGGUCAACAUGAUUGUGUGACUAUAAUCAACAAUUUCUUUCCUCGAGAGAAACUGGAUUAUUACACUAAACCCCAGGGACUGGAUAAAGAGCCGAGGCUGCCCCCGAAGUUGGCAAGCCCCCUGCACAAAAUUAUCACCACAACAAAUCUGCAUCCUGUCAAGAUUGUGAUGCUUAUAAAUGAGAAUCCUCUGCUGGCAGAAGAAGCAGCUCUGAAUAAAUGCUACAAGGUGAUGGAUUUGAUUUGUGAGAAAUGUAUGAAGCAAAGAGACAUGAAUGAAGUACUGGCUAUGAAAAUGCAUUACAUCAGCUGUAUCUUUCAGAAAUGUAUUAACUUCUUAAAAGACGGAGAGAAUAAACUGGACACUCUGAUCAAAAGCUUGUUAAAAGGCCGACCUUCUGAUGGCUUUCCAAUAUAUCAAGAAAAGAUCAUUAGAGAAAGUAUCAGAAAAUUUCCUUACUGUGAAGCUACACUCCUCCAGCAGCUGGUGCGAAGCAUUGCUCCUGUUGAAAUUGGUUCUGAUCCCACUGCAUUCUCUGUACUUACCCAAGCCAUCACUGGUCAGGUGGGUUUCGUGGAUGUUGAAUUUUGCACCACCUGUGGAGAAAAAGGAGCAAGUAAAAGAUGCUCAGUGUGCAAAAUGGUAAUAUAUUGCGAUCAAACCUGCCAGAAAACACAUUGGUUUGCACACAAGAAAAUCUGUAAGAGUCUCAAGGACAUUUAUGAGAAGCAACAGUUGGAGGCUGCCAAAGAAAAGAGUGAAGAGGACAAUAAUGGCAAACUUAAUGUCAAUUCUAACUGUGUUAAUGAAGAGCAGCCAGAGGCUGAAACAGGAAUCUCCCAGGAGGACUGCAAUCCUAAGGAUUCUGUGGAAGGGGAGAGAGAAUCUCUUCAGAGUGGUGCUGGGCUGGAAUGCUUACAGGAUGCUCCUGCAGGUCCACAGCAGUCCGAGGAGUAAGAGCCGGAGCAGGUGCCAGCGUGGACAGUCCUCACCCUGGCGGGCAGCUGGAAAACUCACGAGACUGUCCUCCUUGCCUCCACACCUGCAUGGCACUGUGGCAGGAUUCCACAUUUCACAGAAUACGUGCUCUCCAGCAAAGCUCUGUCUACCAAGUCCUAAUUUCCUACUGAUUCUGUUCAAUAAUUGGUCACAUAUUCCUAGGGAGAAAAAUUUUUUUUCAAAAUGUAGGAGAAACAUUUCUAUUCCCUUUCUGAGGCAGGCUUCCCAGCAGUUGUUCUCAAAGGAAAAUAAAUCGCCUUUUAAAGAAGAAAUAUAGGUUUUAGGGAACACAGAGGCAAGCAGAACAGUUGUAGGAGAGAGGAGAUUUUCAGGAAAGAAAAAUUUUAUAGCCAUAGAGAUGGGUAGUUAAAAGAAUCAUAACUUAUAUGUAAAUAAAAUGCAUAUAAAUAGCAUUUACAAUAGUGAAGUUCUACUUAUUAAGGUGCAAUGAAGAUAUGGGGAUAUAUGUAUAUGUAGAGCUGAUUCACUUUGUUAUAAAGCAGAAACUAACACAUCAUUGCAAUUAUACUCCAAUAAAGAUGGUAAAAAAAAACAGAUGCAAUGAAAUGAAGAAAAGCUACAUGUUAAAGGAUCUUUGCCAUAGUUCACCUAAUUGUAGUUUUUCUACACAAUUUAUCCUGAGCAGCCUGAACUUUAUAUAGUUCCUGCAGUGGUGUUUUAUCUACAGUCUUUGUACCUUCAGAAAUGUCAAAUCCCCCAGGAGGAACUAAGGCAUAGCCACAGUUAUCUCAGCAUGUGCAUUUAAAAAGAUAUCUGACGGAACUGUCAAUUAAACAAAGGCUAAACAUACUGUGUCCACAAUUAUAAAACUAACUCAUGUGCCAUUUUCCACUAGAAAGGCUUUUACCUUCCUGUAAGCUUUUCAUAUGGCUCUUCCUGUCCACAAACUGAUUUGUAACUGUCACUUAUAGACUGUCUUGGCAUCAGUUUUUAGUGUCUGAGUAUUUAAAUAAAGCUAGAGUCUGAGAUCUGAA